GUUUGUGAUGGCCUGCGUCCGUUUCUCUUUGGUGGGUUGACAUGUCGCACCCUGCCAUACUCUAUUGGGAGCGCCAGCGGCGAGAACGGCAUCGCCCACGUCAGCCGCUUCGGCAUGCAGACUCAGCUCCCAUGCUACCUGCAAUCCAUGCAGCACACGAUCUGCGAUUUCCCAGCCUGCCGCCCGCCGUGCACCGGCGAGAAGCCACGCGCCUCGGGGAGAAGCUGCGAGAAGCCACUCAGGCCAGGAUGGCAUCGCAGGUUGUGAUAGCGCAGAUGGAGAAGCGUCUCAUCGCAGCGGACGCAGUGCACCAGGCAUCACAGGACUACUCAUUGGCAAGGUCCGCCCAGCAGCUUCCAAUGGCCUGUGCGGUGCCUCCAUCAGCUCGAGCAAUGCCGUACGAGCCAGGCGCCUUUGCAAGGGCGGCUCCGGCGUAUUUGCCCCCGUGGGUCUCCAAGGAGACCUGGGGGCAGGUUCAGGCCCUGGCCAGGGAUGCGGCUACGCAGCGCGUGCAGGGGAAGCCAUGGCUACCGAAGGUACCCAGCAACCUCGCCCUGAUGCACACGAGCCUCAAAGCUUGAAGCUGACUUCAGCGUGAGCCGAGUGCCACAGGUGCCGUGCAAAACAAAUUACUCUGUCUCCGAAUGCGUAGGUUUUCCAGGCCAAAGGCCAUGUCCCACGCAGGAGACCUGUAUGAUAGGCAAGGAAGAGCAACUGCGCAGUCCUCUUCUAUUGGGCUGGAUGCGAAGCUUCCUGCAUCCUGAGCAGCUGGCAAAGCAACCCUGGAGCCAAGGUACCUAAGUUGCAUCUCUAGCAAUGGUUCACAGCAAAUGGCUUGGAAUUGGAUG